UGUCCGCGUAAUGAGACUAUUGUCUUGGGAGGUGAUUAAAAAGCUGUGAAUACAGUGUAAAGGCGACUGAUAGCGGAUGCCCGAAGACCGCGGUUUUCGGAAGUGACGCGUCAGACCGGCUGUGAGAGACGUUUGUUUGUGGAUAGGGGGGGAAAAAAAAGCAAGCGCGAUUCGCAAGGCAUCCAGACGCUUCAAAUUAACCCACAGGUUACUCCAGACUGAGAGGUAGGCUCUUUUCCGUCUGCAUAUAUCUUUAGGUUCGAGGAUGUGCGUACAGAUAGGACACAAUAACAAAGGAGUCUAAAGACUGAAGUCCACUUGAACCGUUGGAGAAGUGGAUUAUGGCGAAGAAGAACAGUCACAAGGAUACGUCAGGGGUGGAGUUUGACACGCACUCCAAAAUGGUCAUGUCCCAAGGAGGAACAUUUGAAAGGAUGAAAGAAAAGAUCAACGCAGUGAGAGCGGUGGUUCCUAACAAGAGCAAUAACGAGAUCGCCCUGGUCCUGCAGCACUUUGAGAACAGCGUAGAUCGGGCCGUGCAGGCUUUUGUCGAAGGCAGUGCAGUAGAGAUCCUGAAGGAAUGGAAUGUCACCGGUAAAAAGAAGCCUAAGAAGAAAAAGAAGCCCAAACCCCAGCCGGAAGCCCCGGUAGAUCCCGCCCCAUCUGAAUCUGUCUCGUCCCCUGAGGUGGCAUGUGCAGGGGCUGUUAAUGGUUUCCAUGCCAACGGUUCAGCUGGUGCUGAUGGUGAGUCUCUGGACUCGCUGAGCGAACAGCUGGACUCAGCCUCGUUGGAUGCAGCCGAGCUGGAGUUGGAACCUGCUAUGCCUGAGAUCUCUGUCACAAGUGGAGAAGCAGAAUCUCAGAAAAGCUUAGCCCCAGCCUCAUCCCAGCAACGCACUACUAAUGGAGCUCGACAGAAUCAACACAAUCGAGGCAACAAAUCCCGCCAGAGACCUUCUACCAGUUCUCACAAUGCUCCUCUUUUUCCACCUGAUGAUGGCCAACACGGUUCCUCAGCCAAAAAGAUUGCAUCGAACAUCGACCGCUCAGUGAAGGAUCUCCAGCGGUGUACAGCAUCUCUGACACGAUAUAGAGUGGUAGUAAAGGAGGAGAUGGAUUCCUCCAUCAAGAAGAUGAAGCAGACCUUUGCUGAGCUACAGAGCUGUCUUAUGGAUCGAGAGGUGGCUCUGAUGGCUGAGAUGGAUAAAGUCAAAGCAGAAGCCAUGUCCAUCCUGGAUAAGCGUCAGAAGCGAGCGGAGGUGUUGAAGAGACUCACUGACAAGUCUGCCUCCAUGUCUGAAGAGCAGCUGUCAGAACUCCGUGCAGAUAUCAAGCAUUUUGUGAGCGAGAGGAAGUACGACGAGGAUCUUGGAAAAGCUGUUAAGUUCACGUACGAACUUGAACCGCUUAAAGCUAGCGUCAUGACCUUUGGAUCAGUGUAUCAUCCGCAGACUGGCUACUCCAAUCGCUCUCGCUGUAAUUCCACUUCUUCUUCCGUCACUGGCUCUGCCUCUGUAGAAGUCUCUGCUCCACCUCAAGCUCAGACCCAGGCCUCUGGUUACACAAGUCGCCCCAACGUCCCCCACAAACAGGUGUUCCAGGGUAACAGACGUAUAUUUCAGAGUUUUCCGGGUCAGCGCCAUAACGGUAGCUCCUACUACGACCGCAAUUCCAACCGAAACACCUACCGCUAUUCCGGAGAUCAGCGACACCAGAGCGAUCGUAGCCAAGGCGACCCUUCCAACUCGCAGUUUUCAAACAGCACAAAAGGCCCCGUCCACCCCACUGUGUUGUCCUACCAGCAAGACCGUCCUGCCCAAAAUGGGCUGCCACAGAGGCAACCUCGGACACCCCCAAAAAACCCCUGACGCACACCCUAAAUGCCCUGGGCCCUUGUUCCAGUUCACCAUCCGUUCCCAUUUCCCUCCCUUACUGUGCAUCCUUCGUUCAUUGUCUAUCCACAUCCAUCACCUUCCUUAAAGCCCCACAUCCUUGUUAGCUCAGAUUUUCCAUACACAUGAAGAAGAAAAUUCAAAGUUUACAUUUUUCUCUUUUUUUGCCACCUCUUACUCCCCCUUGCCCUCCCCCUAUGUCCAAUUGAUUUGUUCACUUGUCCCUUCAUCUCUUACCCCUUCGUUCAAUCAUAUUCCAUAUUAAACCUAAUAUGAAUGUUCCUCAGAUUAUACAAAGAUUUUUUUUAAUGGCAGUUUCUGUUGUUCUUUCUUUAAGACUUUUGUUAAUUUUUGUUUUUCCUCAUUUGGGAGAGACCUAUGAUACUUUAUUUCAGUAAAGGUGCUAAGAGCUUUUACUGAUGAAUCUUGUUUAGUUCUAAUUUGUAAACAUGUAGUGCACUAUUCAUAUUUCUUUCUUUUAGCUUUAGUUUGUAUUACAUUUUGCAAUUGUUUUCUUUCUAUCACUUUUUAUAUAGUGCGCUAAUCAUUUUUCAAGCUUUCGAGCUUUAAUAUAUCGUCUGUUCUUAAAAUAGAACAUCUCUUCUAUCCGUUUCUUUUUUUUUUUCGUUUUGUUUUAAUGCUUUUUUCCUUGAUCAAAGUUGAAAAGUAUGGUGUUUAGCUGAUGGGCUAAUAGAUUUUUACAUUGAUUCUGAAGUCAGAUGUUAAUUGCAGUGUUGAAGGGUAGAUAUGGUUUUAAAAAAAAAAAAAAAAAAAAAAAAAAGAAGAAGAAGAAAUUGAAACACGACCCUUAGUCUCUGUAGAAAUUAUGAAGAAGUGCUGAUGACUGAUGUAUUGACUGUCCAUGGGGCUAAAUGUUCUGAUCACAGUCUGCCAUAUUUAAGGUCUUGCAACCUAAUGGCCAUGCCUUUUUAUUUAUUGAUUUUUGGCUUUUGAUUCACAGCCAUUUUCACCAUUUCACUUCUAUUUAAAGGCCACAGUGGGUGCAGAGGUUAAACCUGUCUGUCCUUUCCAUUCUUCCACAGUUUGCCUGCAUUUAAUAUACCUGCCUUUGAUCACAGAACAACCUCACUUUAGUCUUUAUAUGAAGUGACUGUGUGUGCAUACAUAUGUACUACUAAUUCUUUCACAAAUACAUAUGCUGUAUUACUAUCGGUCUACACUUGUACCAAGUAAAGGAAUACUCAGCUGUUUGUUUCUCAGACUUUUGAAGUUUGUUGAAUGCAUGUCAUUUGACCCCUCUGAAGGUGCUAAAACUAAAAUGUAGGACAUCGACUUUUUCUUGCUUGCAUACGAUGACUGAUAUACCUCAGAUGUCAGCCGUUAUAACUCUGAUAAUCUGUACAGAAAACCUGGGCUGUGCUUUUCUUAAUUUUAGAUUUGAGAAGUGCAUUAAAAAAACUAUACGUACGAAGUGGCCGUGCUGCUAUCCCUUAAUCGAAGUCUGGUUUAAAAUAAAUCCCCUCAAUGCCCUGAUUGCAAGUCUCAUUCCACUGCCUUAACAGCUCAACCUGCAGCUUACGUGGCCGUUCUCUUUCUGAGUUGAAUUUCUAGAAUUAGCUUGUUCUUCUCUCCGUUUCAGUAAAAAACAAAACAAAAAAAACUCUGUAAGAGACCAGGAAUGAAAACCACAAAGGAACAGCUAAUUGAAACAGUCACUGCAUGCUUAGUAGUACUGUGGCUACAGUGAAGUGUUUGCAUCCAGUUGUGCAUUCUUGUCACAAUGACCACUUAUUUCCUUCUGAAGUCUGCUGACCCUCCACCAAAUCGGAGUGGAAAAAUAAAUCGGCGACAUUACCUUGUUGUCGUCUCUCUCUCUCUCUCUCUCUCUCUCUCUCUCUCUCUCUCUCUCUCUCUCUCUCUCUCUCUCUC